AGCCGAACCAUUCCCCGCUGCCACCUCCCCUGUUUCUUUUGGCCUUCGCGACAAACUUAAAAGGGGCUUCGGCUUUAUCUCCUCUCAGAAAAAAUGGCAGAGACUCUUAUGCAUGCGGUUCAAUACAGUAGUUAUGGCGGAGGAGCUGCUGGUUUGAAGCAUGUUGAAGUUCCAAUUCCCACUCCAAAGCAAGAUGAAGUUUUGCUAAAACGGGAGGCGACUAGUCUAAAUCCAGUUGACUGGAAAAUGCAGAAAGGGUUACUGCGGCCUUUUUGGCCUCGCAAAUUCCCCUACAUACCGGGUACUGAUGUUGCAGGAGAAGUCAUAAAGGUUGGACCAGGAGUCAAGAAUUACAAUGCUGGGGAUAAAGUUGUGGCUAUGCUUAGCCAUGCUACUGGAGGUGGGCUAGCUGAAUUUGUUGUGGCUAAGGAGAGUUUGACAGUUGCAAGGCCUCCAGAAGUAUCAGCUGCUGAAGGUGCAGGUUUGCCUGUUGCUGCCCUCACAGCUCACCAGGCACUCACCCAGUCUGCUGGGAUCAAGCUUGACGGUAGCAGCCAGCAAGUAAACCUCCUCAUUACUGCUGCUUCAGGUGGCGUAGGUCACUAUGCUGUUCAACUGGCUAAGCUUGGAAACACACAUGUGACAGCCACUUGUGGGGCUCGUAACAUGGAUCUUGUCAAGAGCCUGGGGGCAGAUGAGGUUCUUGACUACAAGACUCCUGAAGGGGCGGCUCUGAAGAGCCCUUCUGGUCGCAAAUAUGAUGCAGUGAUCCACUGUGCAGCGGGCAUUCUUUGGUCUACCUUCGAGCCUAAUUUGAGUGCAAAUGGGAAGGUAAUAGAUAUUACUCCUGGCCCUAGUGCUUUAAUGACUUUUGCUUUGAAAAAGCUUACCUUCUCGAAGAAGCAGCUGGUUCCAUUAAUGCUGAUACCUAAGAAAAAGAACCUUGACUAUCUUGUGAAGUUGGUGGAGGACGGAAAGCUUAAGACAGUAAUUGAUUCAAAGCAUCCCCUAAGUAAGGCUGAAGAUGCUUGGGCUAAGAGCAUUGAUGGCCAUGCCUCUGGGAAGAUUAUUGUGGAUUCUUAGUUUAUGAAGUGUAAGUGAUACCUACUGUAGUUUUAUACAAUUCAGUGAUUGGGGUUGCGUAUGAGCCAUUCGCAUACUCAUAAGUACUCAUUAUUGAACAAUGCAAAUGAUAAUGCGGGGUUUUAUGUUGUGCUUUGUUGGUAUUUAGAGCAAUGAUGUUUGGAGAUCA